AUGGAGGCGUCGGUGUCGUCGUCGUCCGUUGACGAUGACUUCGGCCCAGAGCCUCGUGGACGCUGCUACACAUGGCCAAUGCAGCAAUUUGUCUACGAUCCCUCUACACCCUUACCCACAGACCAUCCACCACAGCUGCAUCUGUCGAUGAUUCGUGAGCCCACGGUGGCUCAACUUCUGGCCGCUACCCCGUCAUCGUCGACGGCGAUGGGUACGCAUCUGAUGCCCCUCGGUAUGUCACUACCUCCCGGCAUGUCAGCCGGCCAUUCCUUGCUACCUCCGAAGAAGAAACGAUGUCGUAAGAAGCCUAGUGAUCAGUUAGCGCAGAAGAAACCGAACCCAUGGGGUGAAGACUCCUAUUCGGAUAUCAUCGCCAAGGCGCUCGAAUCCGCCCCGGAUGGACGGCUCAAGCUCAACGAGAUCUAUCAAUGGUUUUCUGAUAAUAUUCCGUAUUUUCGAGAUCGAUCUAGUCAAGAGGAUGCUGCUGGAUGGAAGGUUGGUUAA